AUGGCAUCACAAAGCCUCGAUCUGCUGGACGCCGAGCCGUCCCAAGAAUCCCAAGGCAUCGAGAUACCGAACGUGCAGAAGAAACUUGAGCAACACAAGCUUCGUCUCAAGCAACGCCGAAAGCAACGAAACGAGGCUAUCGCCCAAGGCCAUCGGGCACGUGUGGAUAAGCUGAAGGCUGAUUACGAGAGUGCAAGCACCAGACAUGCAGAAGCCAUGUACGUCUUCGCAUACUUCGCCCAAUGUACUCCAAAUAAAGUGCUAAUUGUAUGCUGGCAGACGAGCGAUUCGGUGCCCACAGGCCAACCACCUGCUGGAUCUUGUUCGUCGAAAGCGGCAACUGGUCACAGAGCUUGA